AUGAAGUGGGCACUAUAUAUAUUCCUGUUGUUUUGUACCGUCAAUUGUUCCUCCUAUUUUAUUACUUUAAGGGAUAAUGAGUCGUUCGAUGACUUCUACGCCAAUGACAUGAAGUACCCUGAGCCCUUGAGAGUCAGAGACCAAAUAAGGAACAUUUUCACCAUUGGAAAGUUCAAAGGAUUUGUUGGGGACUUCAGCAAAACUGCAUUAGAGAGACUUUCCCGGUGCCCCUACGUUUCAGAAAUCACUCCUGAUAUCACUUUCAACGCUUUGGAAAUCCAGGUCCAACCCUAUGCUCCUCGUCACUUAGCCAGAAUUUCCCUGAAGAAAAAGCUCAAGAAAAACCUUGUGUUUGUGUACGAUGAUGUGUUUUCUGGGCAAGGGGUAAAUGCCUAUAUUGUCGACUCCGGCAUCAAAAUUGAACAUCCCCAAUUUGAAGGCAGGGCAUAUUUUGGGAGAGAUUUCACCGGUUUGGGCUCUGGGGAUACAAACGGACAUGGAACUCACGUUGCAGGGCUUGUGGGUUCCCAAACAUACGGAGUUGCAAAAAAUGUCAAUUUAAUAGAAGUAAGAGCGUUGGGAGAUGGAGGUUCAGGUUCAUUGAGUACAAUAAUUGCUGCUUUGGAGUUUGCUGUUAACCACAGAAGGAGAUCUGGGAAACCAGGUGUCGCAAACUUGUCUCUAGGCUCUGUUAGAAACAGUGUUUUAAAUAGGGCCAUUGACGCUGCUGUGGAGGACGACCUCGUGGUGGUCGCUGCUGCAGGAAACACUAAUACCAAUGCCUGCAAGUCUAGCCCCGGAAGUGCUAUUGGUGCUAUCACUGUGGGAAGUAUAGACGAUUCCAGCGACGCUAUAGCUGGGUUCUCAAACUGGGGUGAAUGUGUCGAUAUUUUUGCACCCGGUGCUGCAAUCAAAAGUGUUGACUACCAAGACCUUAAGGUACCCAAACUGUUGUCCGGAACUUCGAUGUCAGCUCCUAUAGUGUCAGGAAUUGUGGCCAAUUUACUAAGUGCUGGAGUUCCUCCUAGCGAUGUCAAAACCACCCUUUUAAAAAUGGCCACAAACGGCAAGGUCAAGCGGACUUCACUUCUCUUGAAAGGCCGAACUCCCAAUAAGAUUGCCCACAUGGGCUUGAAUCUCCCUGAUGCCUGGGAAGAUAAGGGAGAGGAGAAUUCAGAUGCUGACACCGACUAUGAAAGCGGUUCAGACACUAAGUAG